UGCUGAUUUUAUUAGACACAGAUUGUUCUGUUCUGCAGAGCUUCACCUCAGCACCACUGUAUGCCUAAAAUGGGUCUUGAAUUUGCAGAUUAUUUUGUCACCAAUUAAAACCCAAAGCCUGUAAUUGUGACGUGUGUAAAUAUUCUUUCAAUCACAACUUCUAUUCCUUCACAUCUUAGUAAUUCUUUAGUGACAGUUUCCUUUUACAGGUCAGUGAACUGUUUGUAAUUCCUUUCAUAAAUGGUCUUUUCGGCCAUUUCUGUGGGAUAUACAAGUCCAACUUACCUGGGUUCUGUUAAAACACUGGGUGUCUCAUGACCAAGCCUGAGCAGCAAGGUGUGUCACUCUAUGUUCCUUCAAGGAAUUUACCUUUACAAGGAAAUUACCAUGUAAUUUUGGUAAAUGAUUAUAACACAACUUAAAACUGUUUCAAGGUGUGAUCCUGCAAAGCAUUUGUACAUGAGUCCCAGUCGCUCCUGCCUGUGUGUGUCCUAAGGUAUGAACUGGUUAUGGAGAACUGUACUUAAAAGGCUGGGAGGGAUUGAGGGGAGAGCAGCAUAUAAGGAGAGAAAAGAUGAAGAGUAAAAGCAGAAAAGUUCAAAAUGAUUGUCAAUUUUGUUUUUAAGCCCACAAACUUUGUGUGAUUUUGUAUAGAAGAUUUGUGGAAAAUAUUUUUAACAGGCAGGAACAAGACAAUAGACAUAGGAGGGGGUGAACAUGACCCUCCAAGUCAAGCAACCAAAAGUUAAUGCAAUUACCAAGUAUCAAAUGUAGCACAGAGAGACUAAUUCAAUCAGAGAGGCCAAAGGGAUAAUUCUUGGAGACAAAGCAUCACAACGCGGAAAUGCAGCCUAAUCAACUGCUUUAUCAAAAGAAAAAGGAAACAAUUUCCAAUCCUUAACUAAAAUCCCCAGUUGGUUCUUCAUCUUUUCAGGGUUCUGGUUUUUGCUUUGCAGUGUUUGUUCCAUCUCACAUUUGUUUCACUGCUUCUGUUCUCUGCACAAAGCUGUUUCACUGGAUCCUGUCUCUUCGCUUCUAUCAAACGAGCCGCCUCUGCUCUUGGUUUAAGCAACCAGCUUCAUCAUGAAAGAGAGCAUGUAGAGGGAAAUAUUCAUUGUGUUUAAUGUCCAAGCCUACUUUCCAUAAUUACGUGGAAUAGAGCAAGAAUACCCAGAGUCACCUUGUGUCUGCAGGAUUUUUCAGAGCAGGUAUUUGCUUCAUCUGAUGGAAAGCAGCUGCUCCCUGAUCUCAACUGAACCUCCUGUGUAACCAGGACCCUUUGCAGGUAGAUUAACACAUCCAGACUUCGCCAGGUACAACAAGCAAGGGAGAGGCUUUCGAAAAGCUACUCAGACUUCUGUUUUCAUCUGAGCAGGUGGGGUUGUUAUGACAGAUAAAAUGAGCUGGCACAAAGGAAAGAAGGACCUCAUGGAAGGAAGCACAGGAGAUGGGAAGCACAGCCGAAAAAAGCGAGAGCGGCUAUUUAAGAAGAGAUUUUCUGGACUGAGCCUUUUCUCUGGGUCUCCUAAGAAUAAAUUCCCUCAGGGAAGAAGUCAGCUUUUUGAAGACAAGAGGAGAUGUUUGCACAGGAAAGACUCCAAGAAGCUGAAGUCAGCACGGGAGGAAAUCUGUUCUUUGAGGCAGCCACACUCCGGGAAAAUGUGUCCGAAAUGCGAGAUCCUCACCUGCCGGAAGUGUGAGACCCUGCACUCGGAGAGCGGCUUCAUUGCCCACAGCCUGCUCGACCACUAUGACAGGGGAGGAGCCACAGCCCGCCUGUGACUGCAGAGAGGUGAUUAAAGAUCUGAUGUGGGUGCUCUGCCAGUACCCAACCACAUCCCAAACGCUAAAGCUUGGAUCCCUCAGGCUCACUGGGUCUCCGGCCUGUGCAGCAUCAGCAAUUCCAGCCAUACUGUAGCUCAUACUAUACACAGCAGCUGCACAUGCAGUAAUUUAACCAGCAUGCACCCUGCAAGCAAAGAUCUGUAAGCUAAAAAUUUCUCAGCUACUAAGGACAAGGAAUUGUUUCAGAAAUAAUCUCCAGUUUUCUUUGUCCUCUCCAGGAAACAAGAUUAUCCCACUGAGCUGCAAAGAAGGACGUGACUAUUGCAUGCAGAACACUGGGUACAUUACUCUUACUUGCAAUGCCUUGGUAUGUUUCAGUAUUGCUUGUGGUCUGGAAUAUUAAACGUUUUAUUUUAAAAUUAA